GGUUCACUUCCUAUAGGGACUGAAAACCAAGUGAGGAGAUGGAUUGAAUCAAACAUCUUUUGGAAGUCAGUGUGGACCACAUCUACAGCAUUGUCCUCAUCAACUCUCUCUGUUACCUCAUCAAAAAACACCAAAGGAUUUGCACUGUACUACACCAGAGAAUACAGUGAGGAUAGACACUGUGGAUAGAUCCUGACCAAUAUCCAAGGAACAACUGCACAAUUGUGGGAAGACAUCCAGUUCCUUCACAGCAUUGCUCAGCACAGAGAAGGUUGGGCAGUGAAACCAUCAUCUGGAAAUCACUCACGUCAGGGGAGCUUUGACAUAUCAUCAGAUCUGAAACUGGUCAGUGGUGUGGAGCCUUCCAUCGGAACCAACCUUUCUGAAGGUUCAACUGUGGGUGAUCGGUCAGGGUGAGGCUGGGAAGAAGUGUGAGUGGUUCCAAGUGUGGUGACAGCUUCAAUCAUUCAUCGAACCUCACGAACCACUGACUUAUUCCUCCAGGGAGAAGCUGUUUGAGUGAGAGGUGUAUGAGGAGCACUCCACAGAAUUAUAAGAUUUAAUAUCACACACAUUGCAUCUGUUGUACAGCGAUAACUUAAUGGAAGAGACAGCCUUCAAGUGCGAGGUGAGUGACAAAGACUUUGCACACUCAUCAAUGAUUGUGCACCAACAACAUAUUCACAUUGGAGAAAAGCCAUUCAGUUGUGAGAUGUGUAACCAGGACUUUGUGCGGUUAUCAGACCUUGUGAACCACCAGCGUAUUCACACAGGGAAAAAGGCAUUCAUUUGCGAGGUAUGUGACAAAUCCUUCUCACAGUCAUCAAAGUUCCUCAUGCACCAACACACUCACACAGGGGAGAAACCAUUCACAUGUGAGGUGUGCAUCAAAUCAUUCUCUGAUUCAUCAUACCUCCGCAGACAUCAACGCACCCACACUGGAGAGAAACCAUUCACAUGUGAGGUGUGUGACAAAUCAUUCUCCCAGUCAGGGAACCUUCACAUACACCGACGUAUUCAUACUGGGGAGAAACCGUUCAGCUGUGAAGUGUGUGACAAGUCGUUCUCUCACUCAUCGCUCCUCCGUGUGCACCAACGCAUUCACACAGGUGAGAAACCAUUCACAUGUGAAGUCUGUGACAAAUCAUUUUCAGAUUCAUCGGCCCUGCGCAGACACCAGCGCAUUCACACAGGGGAGAAACCAUUCAUAUGUGAGGUAUGUGACAAAGCAUUCUCCAGGUCGUCAAGUCUCCUACUCCAUCAGAGGAUCCACACAAGGCAGAAACCGUUUAUGUGUGAGAUGUGUGACAAAUCAUUUUCAGCCGCAUCAAGUCUCCGUGCACACCAACGCAUUCACACAGGGGAGAAAUUGUUCAACUGUGAGGUUUGUGACAAAUCAUUUUCAGAUUCAUUAGCCUUCUGCAGACAUCAGCAUAUUCACACAGGGGAGAAACAGUUCAUGUGUGAGGUGUACGACAAAGCAUUCUCCAUGUCAUCAAGCCUCCUACGCCAUCAGAGAAUCUACAUGGAAGAGAAACCUUUCAAGUGUGAAGUGUGUGACCAAGGUUUUGCAAGAUCAGCGACACUCACAAAUCACCGACGUAUUCACACUGGAGAGAAACCCUUUAAGUGUGAGGUGUGUAACAAGGGCUUUGCACAAUUAUCAGGCCUCGUGAAUCACCGGGCAAUCCACACGGGACAGAAACCCUUCACGUGUGAGGUAUGUGACAAAUCAUUCUUGCAGUCAUCAACCCUCCGCCGACACCAACGUAGUCACACUGGAGAGAAACCUUUCAUGUGUGAGGUGUGUGAGAAAUCAUUCUCCCAGUCAGGGAUCCUCCGCACACAUCAACGCAUCCACACAGGAGAGAAACUGUUCAAGUGUGAGGUGUGUGAAAAAUCAUUCUCAGACUCAUCAAGACUCUUGCUGCACCACAGGAUUCACACAGGAGAGAAACCAUUUGUAUGUGAUGUGUGUGACAGAUCAUUCACACAGUCAUCUACCCUCCAUAAACACCAGCGCGUUCACACAGGGGAGAGACCGUUUACGUGUGAGGUGUGUAACAAAUCAUUCUCACGGUCACAAAACCUCCAUGCACACCGACGUAUUCACACAGGGGAGAAACCAUUCAGGUGUGAGGUAUGUCACCAGGAUUUUGCACAAUUGUCAGGCCUCGUGAAUCAUCGGCCUGUUCACACAGGAGAGAAGCCCUUCACAUGCGAGGUAUGCACUAAGUCAUUCCCGCAGUCAUCAACACUCCUCGUGCACCAACGCAUUCACACCGGGGAGAAACCAUUCAAGUGUGAGGUGUGUGAGAAAACAUUCUCAAGGUCAUCAUACCUCCUGCUCCAUCAGAGGGUUCACACCGGGGAGAAACCCUUCACAUGUGAGGUAUGUGAUAAAUCGUUUUCACAGUCAUCGACCCUCCGCAAGCACCAACGUGUUCACACAAGGGAGAAACUACCGUUUAAGUGUGAGGUUUGUUACCGAGCUUUUACCAAGUCAUCAAUGCUUGUGAAUCACCUACGCAUUCACACUGGGGAAAAGCCAUUCACGUGCAAAGUGUGUAAAAAAUCAUUUUUGAGAUUAUCAACCUUCCAUAAACACCAACGCAUUCACACACACGAGAGACCAUUCAUAUGUAAGGUAUGUGACAAAGCAUUCUCAUGGUCAGAGAAUCUUUGGAAACAUCAACGCCUCCAUACAGGGGAGAAACUGUUUAAGUGUGAGGUGUGUGAGAAAUCAUUCUCUGACUCAUCAAGACUCCUGCUCCAUCAGACGAUUCACACAAGGGACAAACCAUUCACGUGCAAGGUGUGUAGCAAAUCAUUCUCAGUAUCAUCGCGCCUCCAAGUACACCAACGCACUCACACAGGAGAGAAGCCAUUCAUAUGUGAGGUGUGCAACAAAGCAUUCUCAAAUUCAUCGCAUCUUCGCAUACACCAACGCAUUCACACAGGGGAGAAGCCGUUUACAUGCGAGGUGUGUAAUAAAUCAUUCUACGAUUCAUCAACUCUGCGCAAGCACCAACGCAUUCACACAGGGGAGAAACCAUUUGCCUGUGAGACAUGUGGCAAAUCUUUCUCGCAAUCAUCAGCGCUUCGCAUCCACCGACGCUUUCACACAGGGGAGAAACCGUUUACAUGUGACGGAUGUGACAAAUCAUUCUCGACAUCUUCUCAACUCUGUACACACCAACGCAUUCACACCGGGGAGAAACCGUUCAAGUGUGAGACAUGCAACAAAUCGUUCUCAAGGUCAUACAACCUCCUGCUCCAUUGGAGACUCCACACAGGGGAUUAGCCUUCAAGUCUCAGGUUUACAGAUAAAGCUUUUAGAAUAUCUCUAACCCUCCUGAGAUCUCUCAGGAUCUCCUGAACUACCAGCCUAUUCACACCUGACAGAAAACAUUCAGGCUGAGU